AUGACUGGGUACUCGCAAUUUGCCGAAGCUCAACGAAUCUUUAAAACUUUACUCGAAGAUCAAAGCUUACCAGUUCCUGAUGAAUUCAAGACGUUAGCAAAUGAUGUAAGCUUUUAUAAUAAAUCAGAUAGUCUUGUAUUGCCAUGCAGGUUAAAAGAAUGUGAAAUGGCCGCUGCCUUGAAAGGUUUGGAAGCUACUGCUGCUAUUGCUAUUGGUAAUUUGAGAUUUGGAAUCAAUGAUGGUGCGAAAAUUGAUUUGCAGCAUGCAUUAAUGUUCCUCUUUCUGACAUACUUGGCUUCUGUAGAUGGUAUGACUAAAUUGGAUAAGAGAGUUCUUUCAAGAUUGAAGCCAACAGACUUAAAUGAAGCUCAGUCUAUUACUUAUAGAAGAAUGUCUGCCAAUUUGUACCAAACUAAGGAUAAAAGAUACUAUCAUAUUCAUGGGUCCUUAGAAGCUUCUACUACUUUAAAUAUGAUUGGAUUGCCAGCAUAUGCACCCGAACUUACUGAGUAUGAGGAUGUAGUGAAUGUUAUUCAAGGAGCUGUGAGUAAAUUCGAUUGUGAUGACUUAGAAGCUUUGAAUACUCAGAAUCGUCAAGCUGGUGUUGAGGCCUUGACCGAAGAUCAAUUUUUAGAGACAAAGCACGGAAGAAUCAUCCUGAAAGAACCAUAUUGGACAAUUGAAAGUCUUGAGCAAGAAACUCCACCGGUAGCAUUUACACCAUUGUCUACAAGUAGUGAUAAACCUAAAAUUUUGGAAGGAAUAAAAAUCUUAGAAUUGUGUCGUAUAAUUGCUGGUCCUACAAUUGGUCGUAUAUUAGCAGAAUAUGGUGCUGAAGUUAUCAAAGUUACCUCGCCUAAUCUUCCGGACGUGCCUUUUUUCCAAGUUGAUGUUAAUGUGGGUAAACAUACUACAUCAUUGGAUUUAAAGGAUGAAAAGGAUAGGGAAACAUUUGAAGGUUUGCUUCGUGAUGCUGAUGUAAUUCUUGAUGGAUACAGAACAAAUGCAAUUGAAAGAUUGGGAUACGGACCCUCAAAGAUUGCCGAAAUGGCUAAAUGUAGAAAAAAGGGUUAUAUUUAUGGUUCCGAAAAUUGCUUUGGUUUUACUGGUCAAUGGUCUGGAAGACCUGGUUGGCAACAAAUUGCUGACUGUGCUUCUGGUGUUGCUUGGAUUCAAGGUAAGGCAUUGGGUUUAGAUGAACCAAUUAUCCCACCCUUUCCUAUGUCCGAUUACGGAACUGGUUGUAUGGUUGCAAUAGCUGUCCUAACAGCCAUUUACAAGAGAGCACGUUACGGUGGUAGUUAUUGGUGUAAAUCUUCAUUGGUGCAAUACGAUUUAUUGUUGAUGAAACAAGGAUUAUACCCAGAUGAAUUAUGGAAAAGUUCAUUAAGUCAACAUGAUAAGGAUAUAUUCAAUUUAAGAUAUUAUGACUCUGUUGACAAAAUUUCGUCCACCUGUCUCCGCUCGAUGAAAAGAAUAAAACCAGAGUUAUUCGAUGAUACCGUUAGUGAGAAAAAGUAUAUGGAGGAGAUGGAUGCUCCUGCCUUUAAAGGAAAAAUCAAAGUAUUGAAACCAGUGAUCGAAUAUUCAUCCACUUCCGUGGGUUUCGACACCCCCAGCAGACCAAACGGUUACGAUAAACCUGAAUGGUGGAAAUAA